GCACCCACGGAAUCUGCCUCAUCGUCUCGUCUCGUGCACGAGUGUGGCCUUUUCUUAUCAGUAAAGACGUUAUCAGUGUCGUUCGAAAAGCCAACCGGGUGAGAAAACAAAGGAAGGAAAUCUAAAUUAUCCCGCUCAUCAUCCAUUGGCUGGCCAAUUGUUUGAAGAGUGUGUUGGGCGUAGGAUUGCAUUAUCAUCACACCAGUGCGCUGAGCGGAGCGGCUAAUGUGCGAAAGAUAAAUCCUCUGUGGCCAAGUGGUAGUAGCGAGCACUAGCAGGAGGAACAGUGUGGCAGCAUGUCAGAAAGCGUCAAGCAUGAGAUGGACAUGAAAAUGGAGCCAUCCAGUCCUUCGGAAAAGGAUCGCAGCAUGUAUUCGCGCUGUUCGAGUGCGGGCAGUGUCCAUACGCCAACAUCGUCGGCUCACAAUACAGAGGACGAAGAAGACUCGGGUGAUAACAACAAAAGUAGCACCCAGAGCUAUAAGGAACGGCGCCGGGAAGCCCAUACACAGGCGGAACAGAAACGUCGUGAUGCCAUCAAGAAGGGCUACGAUUCAUUGCAGGAAUUGGUCCCCACCUGCCAGCAAACGGAUGCCUCCGGAUACAAACUGAGCAAGGCCUCGGUGCUACAAAAAUCCAUCGACUACAUAGGCUACCUUCAUCAGCACAAAAAGAAGCAAGAUGAAGACCGCGCUUCGCUUCAGAAGGAAGUAAUGGCGUUGCGAAUCAUUCAGAAAAACUAUGAACAUAUGUUACAACAGCAGCAACAAUCACCCGGUAGAACGGAGGCUCGCCUGAGUGAUGACGUCAAGUUCCAGGUCUUCAAGGCCAUUAUGGACGAGAUGUUUGUGACAUUUGAGCAGCUACCAAUGAACGACUUUGCUGAACUGACGUCCGGUGUGAUUCCAUGGCUGGAAGAGCACUGCAAGCCGCACCUCUUACGGGAUGUGGUCAAUCGAACCCUGGGCGGAAUCACGUCCGCCUAUGUAGCUCAAUCCAACAGUAAAGGACAGGAAAUCAAGAGAGAAUGAAUAUGCGUGAGUACCUAUAGUUUUGUUAAUUGGAGUGUAAUGAAUUGGAAUAUUUGAUGAAGUUAGACAA